GUCGCUGAAGCUAAGUGUGUCCGAUUUGCUGCCGAGGUUUCAUACGUUUCCCAACAUGCCUCCAACAUUUUAGAUGAGUUUUAUUUCUUUACAGACUUCGUGGUGAAAAGGUUGUAUAUCACAGAGUUUAUAUACACGUCGUGGUGUAUCAUGGAGAAAAGAUCUGAGAAAACAUGCUGCGGGUGCGAACGAAUGACAAUGUGAUUAUUAUUGUUAGAAUGGAAUGAGAAAUCGUGGCUUCUUUUGUGCUGUAUUUAGGAUAAGGGACAAUACACUUUGUCGUAAAAUGUAAUUAAAGAGAUUACAUGACUUGUAUUUCUUAGAUUUGCUUACGCUUGGUGUAAGAAAAUGAUCGAGUCUUGCACUCAGAAGCGAAUGCUUUUAGCUAUUACAAUUUUGGGAGGAUUGACAUUGCUGGUGCUAGUUCUGGAAAGUCAUCUAACUGCAGGAAAUAGCAGGAAUCACGCCACAGCAGUGAAAAAUGUAACCAGCGACUGUAUAUUGCGAGAAGAGUUUUUAGUUGUUGAACCCUGCCAUCCAUGCACUGAUUUUGAGAUAACAAGUCGAAGUAUUGGCGCGUGUCUUCCUUCUCAUUUCAAGGAAGUUCUUAAAUGUAGUAAAACUGGAACAACUGUGGUGAGAAGUUGCGACAAGGUCACAUGGUUAGAAGAACGCAACUUCUGGUUAUUUGAAGGGUUAAUGUUUGCACUUGGUUUGGUCUCUUCAACGGUUGUGUAUGCAAGACAAAAGAUUCUUGAUCAUCGAAUGUUACGUAGAAUUCAGAGGCAGCUGGCAAGUGGUGUGUGAUUAAUUCGACUGGAAGAACUCUGUAAUUUUUAUUUAUUUUAUUGUAAUUUUGCCCUUAAAAAAUAAAGAAACCAAAAUCAACAUGGAUAUGCUCUACCUUCAAGUUUUUUCAGAACCUGAAAAUGGGUGGGUUCUUGUGCCAUUGGAAACAUUAAUCACUGUGUUUAUGGUCAAAUACUGCUUUGGUACUAAGAUCAAAAUGAUAAUGGUGGUGAAACAAGAUUCUACACCAGUGUUUCAAAUAAAAGUAUUAGGAAUGAAUUAUGAAGUGUUACAGAAAGAGUCCUUGCCUCAUACAGCAAAGUUGUGUGUUCUGCCUGUUAUAUUAGUCGAGAGGAGUACUUGUGUUGCUGGUCUUUGUGCAGUUCUUCGACAAUUGAUCAAGACUAUUGUGGCAGAAGAACCUAGCCAUUGGAGUCGCACACUUCUCGGUUUCAGAGAAGGGUGUCUUGUGGCAUGUGCCGAGUCAUCUGUAUGGACACGCUUCUGUGAAGUGGAUAUGAUCGCCACUACCAAGCAUUUAAUUGUUGGAAGUAUGUCAAAAACUGAAGUGAUAAUUCCUGAAGAUAUUGCUAGGUUUGAAGUGCACAUGGCACAACCUAUUCGCAUGCACAAUGUACAGAAGAAAGCACAAGAAUUGAUGAAAAAAUGUGGGAAAACCUAUGAUGUUGGUGACAUAGGUAUUGUGGAACAUUGCUUUGCUGAAGGACCUACAAUGACAUUAGCAGAUGUGAUUUUGUUCCCUUGUUUGCAUAUAGUAAUAGAGAGUAUUCGAAGUGUAUAUUUGCAACAAAAUGUACCUCUUAUAAUGAAAUGGUACCAUAAUAUGUGUGAACAAGAUGGAAUAGAAGAAUCUCUUUCAAUUUUCAACACCAUUCCUAGCAAACUUGUAGAUGAUAUGUAUGUCAUAUAUAACGUACCUGAUGUACCAAAGCAGAGCAUAUACAAGAGUGACCCUCGGAGAUAUAAACCUAGGAACAGAAUAUUUACCAGACAAGAAGAUGUUGAUGCUUCUCUUCUUGUGGUAGAUAUGCUAGGUUUGAGUGUGGAUGUUUUAGAACCACCUUUUGGUAAUGAAGUAGAAUUUGACUGGAGGUCUUUGCCGUAUGAUGCACAGCCGGAGGGUGGUCACCUGCCUGCAUCUCGCCGUGAACGUAAGAGCCAACAGUUAGAAAAUCUGACUAAAGCUGUUUUGAAAGUAGCCCAACCAGGUCACACUAUUGUUGAUUUUUGUUCUGGUAGUGGACAUUUAGGUAUUGUCUUAGCUCAUUUGUUACCAAGAUGCCAUGUUGUUUUUCUAGAAAAUAAAGAAGAAUCCUUAACCCGAGCUAGAGAGCGAGUCAAGAAACUUGGUCUCUCAAAUGUUUCUUUUUGUCAAUGCAACUUGGACUAUUUUGUGGGACAUUUUGAUAUUGGAACUUCCCUUCAUGCAUGCGGUGUUGCAACAGACUUGGUUAUUCAGUGUUGUAUUAAAGAGAGGGCUGUAUUUGUUUGUUGCCCAUGUUGUUACGGCUCUGUACAGAACAAUCACAUUAUUACAUAUCCUCGCAGUAAAUUUUUUCGAGAUUCUCCAAUGACUUUACGAGAAUAUCUUGUGUUAGGACAUUCAGCUGAUCAGACUCAUGAUGAGAAUAACGUAAAGACAGACCAGGGCAAGAAGUGUAUGGGUAUUAUAGACAAGGACCGAUGUCUUCAUGCCAGUGAAGCUGGUUAUUUUGUAUCUCUUGCAAAAUUGAUUCCUGAAUCAUGUACACCUAAAAACAAUUUGCUUGUUGGAAUACCAAAUGAAUGGCAAGAUGCAUCUUUUUAUGACUAAGAAUGACAAAUUUUGUAUACGAGGUUCAAAAAUUAUGUAAUGUCAGUAUCUUAAGAGAUCCAAAACUUGUGAGAUGUCUAAAUAUAAUGACCCAGUAAAAAACAUGUAUUACCUAAAAUAUUUGUGCUUUUUCUUUCCUCCUAGUAACUUUUAUGUAUUAACUGCAGUAAUUAUAUUUUCUUUUAAUUUUAAUAACAUUUUUAUUUUUAGAAAUGUAACUAAUUAGUCUUUAACAUUCUUUGAUAUGAGUUUUAAGUACUGUGAUGACCUUGCUGUAUUAUCAGUAUUUACUUUUAAGGGGAUGAGGAUAGGAAACGCUUUAUAAAUAAGUAUUUAAAUACAUUUAAAUACAUACACAAAAUACAUUAGGACUUGGUGUGCUAAUACAUAUGAACUUAAAUACUGUUAAUAUAUAAUUAUUUUUUUUGCAAUAUAUUGUAAUUGUCAAUUACAGUUAAUUAGUAAUUGACCAUCAUACAAAUUUCUGAGCAAUAACUAUCGUGUUGUAUUGAAACUAAUUGUAUAAACAUUUUCUGAUAUAAAAUGAUCUCAAAAAUGUCUAACCCAAAGAAAUGGAAUUUCUUUUUAAAAAGACUAAUUUUUUAAACAAAUCAUCGGACAAUAAACCCCUGGUUGGUAAAUGUAUGAAACCUGCAAAGGAAAACUCAUUCAGUUUUCAUAGAUGAACAUGAACUUAGUGUUAUAAUGCUUUCUUAUUGCUGGAUAAUUGUCCAGAAUUUUUAAUGAUUUAGAUUUUUCAUUUAAAAAUCAAUAGAAUCCAAAUUCAACUGCUGAACGGAGCUUUUUAUUUUUGUUCUAAUGAGGUGCAUUCACUAGCAGAAUCGAAUACAAAGAAACUAUCCUUGUUGUAAAGUAUCUUUUUCGUCUGUAUUUUGUUUUCUUUAAUACAUCUAUAAAAUAUAUGCCUAAAAAAAUCUCAAAAAUACAGUGUUUCGAAUAAAAAAUGUAUUUAAAAUAUGCAUUUCAAAUACUAGAAUUUAAAUGCUGACCAACCCUGAAUGCUAAUUGAGUAUGUAAAUAUGCGAAAGAAAUUGAAUGAACCUCAGCACAAUUUAUUGCUUGAUUAUGUAGGGAUGUCUCUUGGUUGUAGUUUUGUUUGCUGACGUUUAAAUAAGCCAGUACAGAAUAUGAAUUCACAUUGAGGAAACAAGUUUUACUUUUGAUUUCAUUUAUUUAGAAUAUUCUGUUGUUAUCUUGAGCAACAAACUUAGAAUUUUUGUGUUGAUGUAAAAUACGACAUUAAUGAAGUUGGGUUGGCUGUUGAUUUUACAGUUUAUUACAGCUGUGAUUCAAUCCAUAUAAAAUGUAUUUAUAUUGAGAGAGUACUAAUUUUAAUACAAGUACAAUUACAAAAUUAUUCUGAUGAAAAAUUCAGGAAAUACUUGAAAUGAUAUAAUACACAAUUGUGGUGCUACCACUUCCAUGUUAAAAUUGAUUAUCUAAUUAAUGAAAAUGAUCUUGGAGAUAAUGCAGACUAAUAUUUUGAAUAUGUCAGUAGUUCUUCAAAAUUAUUAAAACAUGAAAGGCCAAAGUAUAAUAAUUCAGAAGAAAAAAAUUGAAUGUACCUCUGCACAAUUUAUUGCUUGAUUAUGUAGGGAUGUCUCUUGGUUGUAGUUUUGUUUGCCGACCUUUAAAAUAUGUAUUACGUAAGACAACUAGGCCAAAUCCAUUCUAACUAGUGUUAUUGAAUAUUUGGUUUCUACAUUUUAUUUUGCAGCAGCAGGUAUGGGUUAAUAUGUAAGCAGACUAAAAACAUCUUUAGGAGCCCCUGAGCACUUUUGCAAAAAAUUAUUUCCUUAACUAGUUUAAUGGUUUGUACGAACUAAAAGUAAAGGUUAACCAUUUUGUUGGAUAACCAUAUUACCAUCCAAAAAUAAAUGUAUUUGAAAAAAUUGUUUUUUCAUUGCUGCUCUACAUGAAGAUAAAAUUAAAGUAUUA